CUCGUCCUUCUCUCGCUUUCUCUGCCUCGGAGCAGCCUGGGCCGGGCGGGCGGGCGGGCCCGGGAAAACAAACAAACCUCAGUUUCAAGGACUCGCUCACGCAGGUGGUUACUUGAAACCUUAAAAGCUUGGAUUCAGAGAUGCAUUAGUGUUUAGAGGCCUUCUUUUGACUUAAGGUACGAUGUGAAUAUGCGUUGCUUGGCGGCUCGUGUCAACUAUAAGACUUUGAUUGUCAUCUGCGUUCUCUUCACCCUGGUCACGGUCCUGCUGUGGAAUAGAUGCUCCAGCGACAAAGCGGUGUCAUUUCUGCGUAACCCAGGCGGCAGUUUCCGAGCAGAGGGACUGGAAAAACGAGCGGCUGCGUCGGAGAGCAACAACUACGUGAACAGCCCCGCCAAGCAGCAGAGCGAGGAGGCCUCACCCCAAGAGCAGCAGAAGGCUCCCCCUGUGGUCGGGGGCUUCCACGGGAACAAGGUCCUGGGGCUGAAGUAUGAAGAAAUUGACUGCCUGAUCAAUGACGAGCACACGGUCAAAGGCAGGAGGGAGGGGAGCGAGGUCUUCCUGCCGUUCUCUUGGGUGGAGAAGUACUUUGAUGUCUACGGGAAAAUUGCCCAGUAUGACGGCUACGACAGGUUUGAGUUCUCCCAUAGUUACUCCAAAGUGUAUGCACAGAGAGCGCCUUACCACCCAGACGGCGUCUUCAUGUCCUUCGAGGGCUACAAUGUGGAAGUCCGGGACAGAGUGAAAUGUAUAAGUGGCGUUGAAGGUGUGCCACUGUCCACCCAGUGGGGGCCACAAGGCUAUUUCUACCCCAUCCAGAUUGCCCAGUAUGGGCUCAGCCAUUACAGCAAGAAUCUGACUGAGAAGCCCCCUCACACAGAGGUGUAUGAAACAGCUGAAGAGAAGGACCAGAGCAACCGGCCCGGUGACUGGACUGUACCCAAAGGCUGCUCUGUCACAACGCUGCCCGACAAGUUGAGAUUCACAAACGUCAAGCAAUUUUUUGUUCCAGACAAUUCGGAUGGAGCUUCUCUGCAGCUGGGGAACACAAGGGACUUUAUUAUUUCUUUUGACCUCAAAUUUGUAACAAAUGGGAGCAUUUCCGUGGUUCUGGAGACCACGGAGAAGAACCAAUUCUUUACCGUGCACUAUGUCACGAACACUCAGUUGAUAGCUUUUAAGGAGAAAGACAUUUCCUAUGGCAUCGGGCCCAGGACUAGCUGGAGCACAGUCACACGAGACCUCAUCACAGACCUAAGGAAGGGCGUUGGCCUCUCUAACACAAAAGCAGUCAAGCAGACCAAAAUCAUGCCCAAAAGAGUGGUGAGGUUAGUGGUGAAGGGAAAGGGCUUCAUUGACAAUGUCACCAUUUCAACCACGGCCCACAUGGCGGCUUUUUUUGCUGCCAGUGAUUGGCUGGUGAGGAACCAGGAUGAAAAGGGUGGUUGGCCAAUCAUGGUGACCCGGAAGCUGGGGGAAGGCUUUAAAUCUUUGGAGCCGGGCUGGUACUCUGCCAUGGCACAAGGACAGGCCAUUUCCACCUUGGUCAGGGCCUACCUGCUGACAAAAGACCACACGUUCCUCAGCUCGGCUCUGCGGGCAACAGCACCUUACAAGCUCUCGUCAGAGCAACGUGGUGUCAAAGCCAUCUUCAUGAACAAGCACGAUUGGUACGAGGAAUAUCCAACCUCACCUAGCUCCUUCGUUUUAAAUGGAUUCAUGUAUUCGCUAAUUGGACUGUAUGACUUAAAGGAAACUGCGGGCGAGAAGCUAGGAAAAGAGGCCAAGCUGCUCUAUGACCGGGGCAUGGAGUCCCUGAAAGCCAUGCUCCCGCUCUACGACACGGGCUCAGGAACCAUCUAUGACCUGCGGCACUUCAUGCUCGGGGCAGCUCCCAACUUGGCCCGGUGGGACUAUCACACGACCCACAUCAAUCAGCUUCAGCUCCUAAGCACGAUAGAUGAGACCCCCUUAUUCAGAGAGUUUGUCAAGAGGUGGAAGAGUUACCUUAAGGGCAGCCGGGCAAAGCACAACUGAGCCGCGCCACUAACCAAAAUUGCGUUUCCCCUGUCUGCUGUGCUCGGGAAUGGCCGCCUUUAGAACCAAGAGGAGGAAUCUUUGAAAAGGUGGUGUCUGAACUCUGCGUGUGCGUGUGUGAAUACUUGUGUGCUUUUUUAAAACAAGACUCUGUUUUCAAAGAAGUGAUCCUUAAAGUCCAUCUUUUUAAACAAUUGCAUUCCAGUGGAUGAAUACUUCAGUGUGGGGAGAUAGCAUUACAAAGCAGGCAUCCAGUCCAAGGACUGAAAAAAAGCUUAGUUAACUUGUUUACUUAUCCGCAGUGAUCCAUAAUGACGCUUGCACAUGGUAUAAUGUGUCUGUACUUCUGAGUGUUUUUCCAUUUUUCGGGAGGGGUGGGGGAAUGCAGAAGUCAUAGCGGUUUUUGUCACCCAGUGGUUGGCAGAAAAAUGGGAGUGUGGCCUCUAUAAAAAAAAAGAGAGGAAAAGUUGCAUUUGAGGCGAGUUUAAAAAUAAUGUGAUGUCAUGCCAGGAGCCUUUGUGUACUUGCGUCGCAGAGAGUGGAAGGUGUCUGUCUUUCCGUUUUGUUUUUUCCUUGGUGGAAAAUUUCAGAGAUAAUUUGGUUUAAGGUUCUGUAUAAUGAGAGAGACUUUAAAUGUUUGGUUUCUUUGAAGAUGUGCAAAUGGGAUUUUCAUUUUAUUUUUUGCUGUUGGGGAUGAGGAUUCACCAGGGAUUUCUGUGAAAGCUCCAUGGACAGCAAGGAAGAGCGGCAGAAGAAUCUCACUCGCACACGGGCACCUUGGUGCAGCCCCCCCCCCCCCCCCCGUUCUUUGCCAGUGAGGCUGGCGCAGGAGAAAGAGGCGCCUGGUGGGACAGUGCCCAUCGGCCAGAUGGAAUGUUUUGUAAGCACAACUACAAGUAGGACCAGUUGACUGCACAAAAAAUGCGGCCAUCUUGCCUAAAGCUGGUUCUAUGUUGCUUUUUUAACCUUGAUCAACUUCUUUCCUUCCUUCCAUUGAGCUGAGAUCGCUUCUCGUGUGAGUAGAUUGUUUUUCAUUCUCUUUCCUUUUAAUGUCAGCUGUUUCAUUCCUUGGGAGACUUGAAUUGUUACCCUCAAUCGAUGUUAUUGGCUGAAACUAGAUGUAAAUUAUUUGAGGGGGGGGGGAAUUGUGGAGUUACAGUUGAACAUCGUGGAACAUUUCCUGCAGCAACUCUUGGUCAUGAAACUGCACCUUGAUGGGCUCGGUUUUUGUUUUGACUUUAAAACAGAAUUGGAAAGUGAAUCAGGCUUUUAUAUUUGACUGCUUGUACGUCAUUUCUCUUCUGCCUCCUCUCGUUAUCUAGAUCCACAGCACUGCCUUUUUCAUAAAUCCCUCAUCAUUUGGAACACUGAUGGUUAUCUGGCCUUCUUAGCCAAAUAAAGACUGAGCAAGGGCACAGCCUAUUGAGGCCUGGGAGCGGCCCAAGAGCAGGUCUGUGCAUCUGGCCGCCCAUCCCAGCAGAUUCCUCCGUAUCAGGGCAGCGACAUUCACGAGGCAGGCCUCUCUUGCCCUGCCAUUGUGCGCUCCCAAGUUGUUCGGCAAGAGAAUUCCAUUCACAUGGGCACGUGGAGGCUCAUGAAGAGAAUUAGCUAGGCGACGGCGCCACUGCUGUGUGGAAAUCUCAUUUCCAUACUAAGGGAUUCCUUGUCCCAUAUCCCUCAGCUUCACGUGUUGUGAGGAGCCUCCUGCAUUUGGCAAGCCCCGCCUGAGUUCCUGUUGCUGAGAAGCCCAAGUAGAUGGGCAUGAAGGUACAGAUCAUGGGGUGGUGCUCUUCCCAGAAACCAGGUGCCCGUUUCCAGCCUGCUUGGGCUUUUCUACCUGCCACUAGUAGUAUUUCAGCAGAUCGUGUGCUCUUCCCCAAGACAGCCCAGCUUCAUACACAGUUCCUGCCUUUUGUCAAUGUGCUUCGUAAGCUCCAGGAUUCCAAAUUCAAGAUGCAUCCCAGCAAAGCCAGCUGCAGCUUGUCGGUAGCUUUACGUUUCAUUCUCACAUGGCCACAUAGACAGAAUCACUAAGGAUUGUAUCUCCACAUUGCUCUGGAAAGAUGUGGGCAAAAAUCCUGAGACAUUGGUGCCCAAAAGUCUUUCGUUGUUUUAGAAUUCUAGCACCUGCAUCUGUCUUAGAGAUGAUGAGAACUUCUGGGGCAGCUUCCAAAAGAUUCCCCAGUUUUCUUCUUUCUCUAUAUGGUCAAUGUGCAUUGUUUCAACAUCCCAUUUCUAUGCAGGACUGGGAAAAUUCUUCACAUUUCUAGAAGUAAUAAAAUCGAAUCUUUAGAGCCCUAUUUGAGACAAAAUUAAAUCCCUAGGCACUUGCAACAGCUUCUUAAGAACCCAGGCUUCAAGAAUGUUUCCUGCUCCACUUCCACAGAUUUUGAUGCGUACCCAACUAAAACCCUAUUCAGAUAUUCUGUUGCUGUGUACGCUAAGACAAGAGGAGGAGCGCUCUAGCCCUGCCUCCCUCCUCACGUGUUUCCCUCGGCUUGUACUUGUGUAGGGCAGCUUUCCGAAGAGAAGAGCCUCCUAUAUCGGUGGAGGCACAUGGCUGAGAACACAAACACACACACACACACACACUCCUCCCGUGUGUAGUGUACAGAGCAAUAGGGCCCAAGAAGGGAUCUGUGUCCUUCCAGAGUACUGUGGACAUGUAAUCUUCAGUGAUUAUGUACGAGAUUUGUGAAUGUGUUGGUUUGAGGGGAAGCUGGGACGGAGAGCAUACCGAUGGCAAAGAAGUGUCAGUGGUAUCUGGGUAGGCAAAACUUCAGCAGGGUGAGAGUAAAUUCAAAUCAUAGCAGGGACAAGCUUUAGAACCUAACUAUCUUCAACAGCCUCACCUUCCUUUCUUGCUGAUGGCCUGCAAACUGGACAAUGGUAAACAAGCUAAACAGCCUCAAAUCAGGAAAGAAACCAGGUUGCAGUUCUGAGCCUUGGAAAUGCAUCCUUGCCAGUGAUGCCAAAGCGUUUAGGAAAGAGAGGUUUGGAAGUGUUUCAUUUCCAGCAGCUGAUCAUGUACGUGAGAGUAAGACCCCAGUCCUGUGAACUCCUCUUGCGAAUCGGGGCCGACUGGAUUUGGAGCAGCCGGUGCAAACUUCUUUGGGGUCCUUCUUUGGUCAUUUGUUAGUGCCUUAACCAUGUGGCCAUAACCAUAGAGAAUUAAUUUUAACAGUGGCAUUGAUCAUACUGUGGUGAUUACCUCCCAUUCGGUGUUCUCAGGGCUUCCAGGCUUGUAGAUUUGUCUGUGUGUUGUUGGGCUGAGAUUGGCAAGUGGAGCAAGCUGGUACGUGAGAAAUCAGCAACUAGAUUGGUGUAACUCAAAUUGUGUCGCCAGCUGCCCACCUAUUGAACUGCUGCUCUGGGACUGAUCCUGUCAUCAACCGCUCACAGCGGUGGACGUGUGUGUUAGUGAGAACUGGGAGCCCCAGCAGCAACAGGGAGACGCCAAGACAAUUGCUGGCUCAAAAUGGUGAUCAGGAGUGGGGAAAUAGCGGAUUCUCAAGUAGAAGGUGGCUCUGAUUGGUGGGGACCAUCUUCUUUGAAACUAGCAAGAUCCCGGUUUCUUUCUUAGCAUGCUGUCUGAGGCCCGGCACACACAUGAUGUUCCCAGUUUCUUCCAUGUGGCUCGGAGUUUGGGAUGCUUCCUCGCUCUUUCCGUGGAGGCCGCACCUGACUUCCUCUCCCAGCGCGAUGUGCGGCUCUGCAUCUGCACUGACUUUAGCACUAACCAAGGUUUAUUUCAAAGCACAGCCAUGACUUGGUGAGAACGUUGGUGCAGAUUUAAGAGGUCGGGGAGGAGGGAGUGCAGGAGCCACAAGAGCUCCUAACUUUGGAUAUGUCGUGCCUGCGUUGGGUCUCUGCGAGGUUUCCCAGAGUUUGUGCAGAAGUGUGUAUACAAGAAAGCCAGUCAUGAGCUAUGAUGGAAUUCCAAGGAGAUAAAAUCAAAUUGACUAUUGCAAGUUCUUUAUUUUUUCCCCUAAUGGGGUGGGAUUUGGGACGAGGAAUUUCGUGUGAACGUGGCUGUGUAUGUUUUGGAAUUCAGAGCUGAUGCCUUCAGGUUCCUAGAUGACUCAACCCUUUUGGUUUCUGUUAUUGUGCCGAAAUGUUUUCUCACAAGAUACACAGUGCGAUGCAGGUCAGUCUCUCUCUCUCUCACACACACACACACACAUACACACACACACAAGCACAACCGUCAACAUGCAGCUGUGCAGAAAUGUCCCCUGCCAUCCUGAGGCUCACUGAAAGCUGCAGUUUUUCAUCCACCUUGUAAUUGUACUUUUGUCCUCCUUUUUUUAAAAUGUUCUCUUUUCCCUGUUACAUGUGGGAUUUACACCAUGUGUUAAAUAUGCAAUAAAUUGUUUACAGGAUGCCCUUUGGAGGGCACAGAGUCCUUUGUAAAGCUGUACAGACUUUGUGAUUUAAGCACAAUGUGCACAGGUUAGUUUUCUAUAUGGCAAGACAUGGUUUUUUGCAGUGGGAAUGGCCCGAUUAUGUUUAUAUAUACACUCAUAUACAUGUAUAUAUAUAUAUGUAUAUGUGUGUGUGUGUGUAUAUAUAUAUAUAUAAAUAUAUAUAAUCUCAACUUUGUGUUUCAUGUAAAGAAGCUUUAUAUAAAAUUGUAAAAAUAAAAGUUUUUAAUCUUA